AUGGAUAAUAUCGUUGUUUCUCAGACAUCUAAUGCGACGCAAGUGGCCUCUGAGGCUAGCGUUAAGCUGUUUAGUUUAGCUAAUGCUCAACAAUUGGUUGAAACUGUCCAGCAAAUGUCUUAUUUUAAAUUGUUUUGCACUUUGGUAGCCAUUGUUAUCGUUUGGGACCAAGUGUCUUAUCAAAUACAAAAGGGAAAUAUUGCAGGUCCAAAAUGGAAGGUUUGGCCAGUUAUCGGUCCAUUCUUGGAGUCUUUUGAUCCUAAGUUCGAAGAAUAUUUAGCUAAAUGGAAUUCUGGUCCAUUGUCCUGUGUUUCCAUCUUCCAUAAGUUCGUGGUCAUCGCUUCUACCAGGGAUUUGGCUAGAAAAAUUUUCCAAUCUCCUCAAUACGUUAAGCCUUGUGUCGUUGACGUUGCAGUUAAGAUCUUAAGACCAAGCAAUUGGGUGUUUUUGGAUGGUAAAGAACAUGUGGAUUACAGAAAAUCUUUGAACGGGUUGUUCACUAAGCAAGCGUUGGCCAAAUACAUGCCUUCUCAAGAAUUGCUGAUGGAUAAAUACAUUGAGAAAUUCAUUGAAUUGUCCAAGGAAAAUAAGUACGAGGCUCGUGUUUUCUUCCACGAUAUGAGAGAAAUCAUGUGUGCUUUAUCUUUAAAGGCCUUCUGUGGUGAUUACAUUACUGAAGAUCAAAUUAGAAAAGUUGCUGACGAUUACUAUUUGGUCACUGCUGCUUUGGAAUUGGUGAACUUCCCAAUUAUUAUCCCAUACACCAAGACUUGGUACGGUAAGAAGACGGCUGAUAUGACCAUGAAAAUUUUCGAACAGUGUGCUCAAAUGGCCAAGGACCACAUUGCUGCUGGUGGUGAAAGUACUUGUGUGUUGGAUGCUUGGUGUUCCUUGAUGCAUGAGGCUAAGAACAAGGAUGACGCUGAUUCCAAGUUGUACCACAGAGAAUUCACUAACAGAGAAAUGUCAGAAGCAAUUUUCACCUUUUUGUUUGCUUCUCAAGAUGCUUCUUCCUCUUUGGCUUGUUGGAUUUUCCAAAUUAUCGCUGAUAGACCAGAUGUCAUGGCAAAUAUUAGAGAAGAACAAUUAAGAGUCAGAAACAAUGAUCCAAACGUCAAAUUGUCUAUGGAUUUGAUUGACGAAAUGAAAUACACAAACAUGGUUGUUAAGGAAACCCUUCGUUAUAGGCCACCUGUCAUUAUGGUUCCAUACUAUGUGAAGAAGUCUUUCCCUGUCGUUCCAACUUACUCUGCUCCAAAGGGUUCUAUGUUGAUUCCAACUUUGUACCCUGCUCUACAUGACCCAGAGGUUUACGAAGAUCCAGAUGAAUUUAUUCCAGAAAGGUGGGUUGAAGGAUCUGCAGCUAACCAAGCAAAGAAGAACUGGUUGGUCUUCGGCUGUGGUCCUCACGUUUGUUUGGGUCAAACCUACGUCAUGCAAACCUUCACUGGUUUAAUCGGUAAGUUUGCCAUGUUCUCUGAUUGGGAACACAAAGUGACCCCAUUAUCUGAAAAGAUUAAGGUCUUCGCCACUAUCUUCCCUAAAGAUGACUUGUUGUUGAGCUUCAAGAAAAGAGAUCCAUUAACUGGCGAAGUUGAACUUUGA